GGACAUGGAAGUGUUGAGAAGGAUAAGUCUACCACCUGAAGAGGCUGCAUUUCUAAUCCAGGAUUCACACCUCCGACUUCGGGUUAUUAUGAGUUGUGUAUCCUUUUAUAUUGACUUGUGUAUCUUUUUUAGUACGUUAGCUUGUGAUUUACCUGUCAAUAAUAAUGUGAUUCUGUAAAUAAAUGUUCAUCAAAUUCUGCCCAUGAAUUACCUUGUAUUUUGAUUAGAAGCUUGGUAAGUAAAUAAAAGUGAAAUUGGUUCUGGAGGUAAGUAAAUUAAGGUGAUUGAUUAUUAUACAUGAAAGGUUGGAUGAAGGGGUGGUGGAUAGAAAGGUGAAAUGGAAAGCUUGCGUUCUUUUUAAGUAUACAAAUAUAUCUGAUAAUUUAUAUUCUUACACAUACUGACCUAGGGUUAUUAUGUUCAGGGAAAUAUAGGUUGAAGAUAUAGCUUUUCAUACCCUACUUGCUCUGCAAGAAUCUGGAAACAUAUGGAUGGGGAAAAUGCACAGAUGCAAAACAAAUCAAUAAAAAACACGAAAUUAUGUACAUUUACUUGCUUGGUUUACAUGGAUAAGAAAAAUAAGACAAUACCGAUAAGCACGGUCAAAUCAAAGUCGAACCACAUAAAAGAGUGUAGUUAGGAUUUUACGAUGCCACUAAAAACUCCACUUACACUGCGCGUAGAAAUUCUAAAAAGAGGUCUGCGUGGAUUGUAAAAACACUUCAUAUUUUUUGAGCUCAAAAAAAUCACUUCAUAUUUUUUCUUCAAUAGUGACAUAAUAUAAUUUCUUUACCACAUUUUGCUCCAUACCUUUGAACCAAACAAAUGAAACAAAAGGAAACAAAAAAUAUCUGUUUCUGUAAUUUUCCUCUGUUUUUUCUAUAAACCAAACUAUCUCUUCAAACCUAUAUAUCUAGAGGAUCCGGUAGGUUGAUGAGUCCAUCUAGGAAUGGUGUGUGAUCAAUCCUACCCAACACAGAGAGGGCUACUCGAAGAUAUUGGUUUGCUUACAGACCAUGACACGUGGGGCCCGCGGCGCGGCGCAAAAACCCUCACCCACAGCAGCGGCGACCAAAUCCGCCGAGCAGGCCGGCAAGCCGCGGAGGUCCGCGUCCGCCAUCGUCGCCGACACGGCGAGCGGGCACCACCUCCUCACGGUCCACGGCUACUCCCGCACCAAGGGCGUUCCCACCGGGGAGUGCGUCAAGUCCCGCCCCUUCGACAUCGGCGGCCACCGCUGGCGCAUCGACUACUACCCCAACGGCGUGCGCGCGGAGGUCGCCGACUACGUGUCCCUCUCCCUGAUGCUCGACGAGGACGAGGGCGUCGCGGCGGCGCCGGCGGUGAAGGCCCAGUACGACAUCCGCCUCGCCGGCGAGGCGGAGGAGGAGGAGGAGGAGGGGGCGGCGCUGGCGUCGGCGUCGGUGGACGACUUCACCCCCGGCAGGGGCUGGGUGUACACGACGUUCGUCUCCAGGGAGGAGCUGGAGGGCUCCGAGCAUCUCAGGAACGACUCCUUCACCGUCCGGUGCGACAUCGUCGUCGUCCGCGACUACCGCGCCGAGGACGCGGCGGCGGGCUUCGUGUCCGUGCCCGCGUGCGACCUGCGGCGGGACCUCGCCGGGCUCCUCGAGACCGAGAAGGGCGCCGACGUGGUGUUCGAGGUCGGCGGCGAGACCGUCGCCGCGCACCGGUGCGUGCUCGCGGCCCGCUCCUCGGUCUUCGCCGCCGAGCUCUUCGGGCCGAUGAAGGAGGGCAAGGAGGACAUGAAGCCGGAGGUGUUCAAGGCUCUGCUCCGCUUCGCGUACACGGGCUUGUUGCCGGAGACGCGCAAGGAGGACCAAGACGUCACCUGCCAGCACCUCCUCGUCGCCGCGGACAGGUACGGCAUGAGGCGGCUGAAGCUGAUCUGCGAGGAGAAGCUCUGCGAGUGCAUAAAUGUGGGCUCGGCGGCCAUCGUCUUGGCGCUGGCCGAGCAGCACCGUUGCGAGGGGCUGAAGAAGGCGUGCUUCGAUUUCCUCGCCGCGCCGGCGAACCUGAGGGCGGUCGUGGCCACCGAAGGCUUCCAGCAUCUGAGCAGGAGCUGCCCUUCACUCAUGGCCGAGGUGAUCACCAUGUCCUUGGGCAUUAGCUGAGUGAUGGAUCAUGGAUGCCGAAGUGUCCUACCAGGUGAAUAAUUAUUGUUUCGAGACUAAUGUAGGGGAAAUAUGUAUGUAAUCAGGUAGCUGACUUAGUAGACUCUAAUUGAUGAUCGAGAUGCCGAAAAAAUGCCUCAUUUUGCCCCUUUUCUGUCAGUACGUAGUAUCUCUGCAACUGUGAAAAAUAACCAGGAAGUGCAUUUUAAUCAGAGGGCAUGGAAUGCUCUGGUUUUUAGGCAAAUACUAGCAACUUGUGGUUUCAGAUCCUUGUCAUGGGAUAUUGCGCU